GGCACGUUUUUACCUCGUGCCCCUCUUUCUGUGGCUUCUCCUCAUAAGAACUGUGGCUGAUAUUUUUCUGGAACUUGUACUCCGGUACCUUGAUAGAAAGAGCUAUUUGAGAAAGUCUGCAAAUAAAAUAUAGUGAAGAAGAAGAAGACAAUGCGAGAAAAUGACGGCGGUCCUGUGUGUAUGACGAUCCAUCACUGUGCUCGAAGAUACAUCUUCCAUAAGUGAGGGUUGCGCUGGCCGUGUAACUGAUUACAGAAUAACUGUAAGACGCUUUUCAUAAUCACCGGGAAAUUACAAAAAUUACUUCGUUAAAGGAAAUAUUUGGAUUUCGGCAAUCUCAAGCGAAGCAACAUGCCAGUAUCACGAAAAUGUCCUUUCACUGAAAAUAUGGAUGAUCCGAUAAAAAAGAUGAGAUCCAGACUAAAAAACAAAUAUUGGCCCAUCACUUCCAACUCCAUCAUGUUAAACAUAAAGCUUUACAUAAAUCCUCUACCGGACUUUAUGGUGAAGGAGGAGCUCACUGCGGGAGAGGUGCUGCAAUGUAAGCAAGUGUUAUCAAAUUUGCGACAAUUGGAAGAGAAGUAUGUGCCAUUACCUUCGUCGAGCACUAGUCAUAGUGGAAACAGCAUGAAAAAAAAAGAACGCUAUCACCAGUUAUGGGAAGAGAUAGAAACGUUCUUGAGACAUCAUGCAAAAAAAUCAGACGCACAUAUGGAAGUAUUUAAAUAUCUGUUGGAUAUUAGAAGUACAAACAAUAAAUACAGAGUGGAGUUGGACCAAGCCCUGCGAGAACUCGACUGUUUUGGACAAGAUGGAGUGGGAGGGCGAGUAAAUUUGAUCAGAGCGACGAUGGACUCGCCAAUAUCGUCGACGACGGACUCGCUAGUGUCGCCGACGACGGACUCGCAAGUGUCGCCGACGAUGGACUCGCAAGUGUCGUCGACGACGGACUCGCCAGUGUCGCCGACGACGGACUCGCCAGUGUCACCGACCCAGCCCAGCUAAUGUUGCCGUUGCCGAUGACGGACUCGCCAAUGUCGUCGCCGGCGAGCACGAUACGUUUGGACCUAUCGUACAAAGGCAAGAGCAGAUUGGACAUUUGGCUGGAGCGUACCGCGCCGAAGAACCCGAGGAUGGAACUUAACGGCAGACUCAACAGCGACGGUCUCAAAGCAACAUUGUAUCAUAAUCUGAAAGAAACCAGCAGAGAACCCAGGGAAUCCAUUCUGGAGGCUUAAUUCCCCAACGGGGGGGAAAUGUCUAGCUAAGUGACGAAACGAUAUAUGCUACGCAACGUACUGCAUUGUAAAUAUAAGCGAUUUUCCACCGGCAGUACUUGCGGAUUGAACCAGGACUGUUAAUUAAAAUCGUUGUAUAUAGGACACACUCGGUCAACUAAUAUUUACGUUGAACCGAACAUCUCGCGACAAACACGUACGCUUCUACUUUUCUCACUCUAUUACGUAAAAUAUUUAUAUUUUCGUGUUUAUAAUACACUCUUUAUGACAAAAUUAUAAGUGCAAAUAUUUUGAUGGUCCUAAUUUUGUGAUAAAGAGUAUAAAUUUGCAAGGUCAUAUAGUCUUUCAUGCUUUAUGUAAAGACAAUUUUCAAAAUUCGACUAGAACGAACAAUUGGAAUUAGUUUCGUUUCGAAAGUGUAAAAGAGAAAUUUGGAGAUAAAAUUAUUCGACUCGAAUCAGUAUCAAUAUGGACCACCUUGAUGUCGAGGCGAAAGCCCGCCUGCGUAUAAGAAUACAUGGGACGGAAACAA